CUCAAUUGAAAAAGUGUGAAAAACUGUUAAACAAUGGCAAUUUUGAAGUGAUUAUUCAUGGUCUUGGUUCUGCUAUACAAAAAGCAUGCAGCUUGGCUUUACAAUUAAAGGAAAUACAUUAUGGUGGUAUAGAACUAGAUAUCAAGACAUCUACAAUAUCAAUUAUUGAUGAUUUUGAACCUCUUGAUGAUAAUGCAGAUUAUGAAACAAUUAAUCGAAAUAAUUCAGCAAUACAUAUUCGCGUUUAUAGAAAAUUUUCAAUAAAUACCCUUAAAUAUCAAGAAUAAAAUAUAAUUUUUCAAAAAAUAUUGAAGAUUUUUUAAUAAAUAUAAUUUAUUAAAUUAAAAAAAAUUUAUAAUAUGAUAAAUGAAAACAUAAAAUCAAAUUAAUAAUUUUAUCAGAUUUAAUCCCUUUAAAAUGAUAUUUUCUUUACAUGAAUUAGUACAUUGGCUGGGACUGACAAUUUUUGAAAUAUGGAUAAAUUUAGUUUCAUUAACAAUCUUCACUGUGUUAUUAGCUCUUAAGUUGGAUGAUAAUUAUUUCUUGGGUCAUACAGGAUGGUGGAUAGUAUUUUCACCACUUUUUGUUGCAGAUGGUUUGAAUACUUAUUUUUGUGCAAUUAUUUUCAUAAGAAUGCAUUUGGAAGGAAUGACUAAAGCUGCUAUUUUAAGAGCAUUAUGGAGUAUUAUAUUAUUACUUUUAAUAUUUGUGUUUAAAUAUCUUUUGUGUAAAAAACUAUCAGGUCAAAGUCCUUUAGAAUAUUCAGAAGUUUUAAGUCCUAUUUUUAUUCUUUUGCAAUUAAUUGCAGUUAGAGCAUGUCAACUUCAUUGACUACUGCAGAAUAUUAUUAUCUAUAAAUACAAAACUGCAAUAAAAUAUUCAUCUUAACUAUUAUAUAUGUAAAUAAUUUAUAUAUAAUAAUAUAAAUAAUUAUUAUUAAA